CGACGUCUGCUGGUCUUCUGAAUAUGUUAUAUAGAUUGGCCAAAGCUAAGUAGGCCUCGAGGUAUGUGUUGAACUUGGGAAAAUCAAAAUUACUCAUAUCCAACUACAGGCUAGAGGUGCGGGAAAAUCGUGGUUCAUGGCUCCCAGCGUAUUCAUCGUCCUUUUUUGGCGCCUCUCCGUGCAGCUUCUCUACCCGUAUGGAUACAUGGACUGUUCGCUGCAGGAUGCCCUGGCCAACGACAACCUAAUAUGGAGCAUGGGGGAUCGGGAUCGGAAAGAGGGGCAGCUAUUGAUGCUGAUGCGCAAAUCUUUUCGGACCACGACCAUGCUCGUGCUGAUGAUUGAGCUGAUGGCCAUGCUGGAAGCAGCCCUGAAUUUCCCACUGGACCUGGCCGCCAGACUUUAGUCCCGGGAUUGAACUCUGUCCCUGGUCAGUCUUCUCGCACCGUUUCAUUUAUUGUCCCAUCAAAGCAACACUGCUCAAAUAAUUUCGACUUGGGGUAGGACUGCCAUUGUGCCAAUGUUCGUCGUCGUCGUAGUUGUCGUCGCUGCCCAUUUAAUCAGUAAAUUUUAUUUUUAAAAAUGCUAUUAAACAAUAUUUGCCUUAGCAAAAGUCAGACGCGUUCGCAGUGCAAUAAACUUUUCAGCACUUGAGCCGCUCGACUGACUGAUUGACUGAUUGACUGCUUGACCGAACGACUGACGUUGGGAUAUUUUCUUUGUUUUAACUUUAACUCGGCGCGAACUCGUGAUUAUUUCGAUUUCGUGGAAGUGCGUUCCACGCGAAGGUUUCGAUUGGAAUUUCAUGCGUGGCAUAUGGGUUAUAUUCGUUCUUAUUGCAGUUUAAUUGACUCGACUAAAAUGCUCCUUUUGAUAGCUUAAGCCCUCUUAAAACGGAUUUUUUUUUUAUGGUUUUGUUCUGCG